CGGAGCAUUAUUAUUAAUUAUUAAGAUUAUUAGUCAAGAAAGUCGUAUGUUAGAUACCGUAGUAAUUAACUCUUCUAUUACUGAUGAAAUUGUGAGCCGAUACGCCGCUGCCUCUCUCUCAUCUUAAAAAGGUUUCAUCAGUUCAUUUAUGGUGGCAUCUUGCUUCUUCCCCCCGGCGGUAAACCGAAGUUAAUGCAUGCUCUUCAUACUGGGUCCUCUCUCACUUUCCUCUUAUCUUAAACCGAGAAACCCAGUAAUUCUUUUUUGUUCUCUUCAAGAUUACCGCAAUCCUAGAGAAUGCCUUAGAUCUGCCGCAUUUUCUCUAAAAUAAAAGAAAAAUCGAAAAAAGUUGAAAUAAAGAGAAUCCUUGUCGGUGGCCGUUUUUACCGGACGGCGAGGCAUUGGUUUCGUCGGUAGAAGUUGUUACAAAUUACAAUGACGAUGAAAGUGUUCCAAAGGGAUAAAGAUUCGGAAAGAAUAAUCUGGGAUCAGAUGAAGAGCCCUUCCGGCACGCCUCGCUCGGUUUCCGGCCCGCAAAACCGAGCCUUGCCCAGAUUAAUCGUCUACCUCAUCGUCUUUGUAUCCCUCACCUACGCUGUCUACACUCUGAAACUCGUUUCCAGCUCCAGAGCUUGCAACGACGAAGUUUUCAACCACCGACAUACCACCGCCUUGCCCGUCCGCCAAGAAAUCAACUCCUCCGCCGCGGUUGCAGAAACGGGUCGCCGAGAAAUCAAGAAAACCGGGCUGGAACACGUAGUUUUUGGCAUUGCUGCCUCGGCAAAGCUGUGGGAUAGGAGGAAGAAUUACACCAAGCUAUGGUGGAGGCCGGAGGAGAAGAUGAGAGGCAUAGUGUGGCUGGACAAGGCGGUGAAGACGGCUAAAGAAGAAGCUUCAUCCCUCCCGGAAUUGAGAAUCUCCGGCGACACUUCCCGUUUCACCUACAAGAAUAAGCAGGGUCACCGGUCAGCCAUCCGGAUUUCUAGAAUCGUAUCCGAGACUCUCAGAUUGGGGAUGGAGGACGUGCGGUGGUUUGUAAUGGGGGAUGACGACACCGUUUUCAUCACAGAGAAUUUGGUGAGAGUUCUCAACAAGUACGACCACAAUCAGUUUUACUAUAUUGGGAGUUCCAGCGAGAGCCAUCUGCAAAACAUUUAUUUUUCUUAUAAUAUGGCUUAUGGUGGGGGUGGUUUCGCCAUUAGUUACCCAUUGGCUAAAGCCCUUGACAAAAUCCAAGAUGGGUGUAUCCAGAGAUACCCGGGGCUAUACGGAUCGGACGACCGAAUGCAAGCUUGUAUGGCUGAGUUGGGUGUCCCUCUCACCAAAGAACUUGGCUUUCACCAGUAUGAUGUGUACGGGAAUUUAUUUGGACUACUAGCAGCACACCCCGUGACACCGUUGGUCUCUUUGCACCAUCUCGAUGUGGUGGAGCCCAUCUUUCCAAACGUCUCUCGAGCCCAGGCCCUACAGCGCCUCUUAAUCCCAACAAAGCUUGACUCGGCUAGUCUCAUGCAACAAUCGAUAUGCUAUGACAAAAAGAAGAGUUGGACGAUCUCUGUUUCGUGGGGCUAUGCUGUACAAAUUUUCCGUGGCGUGUUAUCCCCACGGGACAUAGAAAUGCCUUCUAGAACGUUCUUAAAUUGGUACCGAAGGGCAGAUUACACAGCAUAUGCCUUUAACACAAGGCCUGUGAUGAGGAACCCUUGUCAAAAGCCUUUUGUGUUUUAUUUGGGAAGUGCAAAAAUGGAUCCGUCAGGUAAGCAGACCAUUAGCGAGUAUACUCGUCAUCGGGUCCCGCAUCCUGGGUGCAAAUGGAAGAUGGCUGAACCGGGUGAUGUUGAGAGAAUUGAGGUUUAUAAAAAACCAGACCCACAUUUAUGGGAUCGGUCUCCGAGGAGGAACUGCUGCAAAGUGUUACAUUCCAGUAAAAAGAGCAUGGCUGUGGAGGUCGGUGUAUGUAGAGAAGAUGAUGCUAGUGAAGUGUGAAAUAGCAACCAUUGUUUCUCCAGUCAAUUUUUCUUCAAUCUCCACGCUAUCCGGAACGAGCCAUUCAUUAAAUUGUCGCCUUAUGAUAGCACUCAGGCAUGUUCCCUGGGAUAGGGGGGAAUGAGUUAGUCUAGCAAAUACUUUAGAUGUACACUUAUAAUAUUAAUGGCUGUUAGUAUAGUUCUUUUUGGAUUCUUUCUAUUCGUUAACCCGCGUGAUUGGUUCAUUCGCUGUUGGAAUUGUUCAUUCUUUUUUCACAGGUGGAGUGUGCUCAACUGAAAUCUAGUUUCAUUUUGGCUAUAAAAACAGCCUUAAAGUAUAA